UACAGUUCAUGUCCGCAAGCUCACGCUUUGACAGCAAUAAUCUAAAGUGCGCUACAACGUCCGUACCUUAAGCACGCUGCAACCAUGGAAGAACAACCUUCCGAUCGACCACAGGCCUCCGUUACUGAACCUCAAACAUCAAGUCCAACCCAUCCGACACGUUGGACGGCUGCCGUAAAAGACAUAACCCUCGAAGAGGCAGCUGAAGUACUGAGUCAUGUACAGCCGCCGGGGCAUCAUGGGAGUCAACGGGAGAAAGUUCCACAAGUACCACUUCCCCAGCCACAGGUCAUCCCGCCGCAUGACAUCUUCCCAGUACAAUCACGCGGCAUGCCGACGGUCAAGCCUGCAGCCCUCGCGGCCUCAUCAUCAAUUCCAGAUGCGCCUCAGCGACUUCCGGACUUCCCAGCCUCAUCACGGACUCCAGAGAUGCCUCAGCAAGUCCCGGUACUCUCCGCCUCGUCACAAGUACUAGAAGCUCCUUUGCCGCCCUUUAGCAACGAAGCGACAACAGCGACGCAGCAGCCUACUGCACCUCCACUGCCCCAAGGGAUCCCUGCGAUCGUCACGGUUCUGCCUAGUCCCCCGGAACCUACUCUACCGGGACCUAGUCCUCUCUUUCCCAGUGCCCCAGAAUCUACUCUACCGGGACCCAGUCUACCAGAACCACUUCCCCCAGAACCAAGCCCACCGGAACCCAGUCGUUCGCCCCGUCCUCGAAGUCUCGGCCGUAAGGUGGCUCGCCGUAUCACCCACCUUGUCUAUGCGAUGGACACGGGGAUCGAAGAGGGACCGCCUUCCGUACGCGCCAUUUUCAAUGCAGCGCAAGUGACCACUGGUAUACAUAGAGUAUACGUUGCCUUCGGACUCAUCGCAUACAUAGCAGUGUAUUUGGUUAUUGGAGCUCGUGCCCAACUGGUCUGCAACGUGACUGGCUUUCUCAUCCCGGCCUACUGCUCCAUUCGUACGAUCGAGUACGGCGUCAAAGAGGAUGAUUGCAAGUGGAUCGUCUACUGGAUGGUGUUUGCGUCCUUCUCUCUCGUUGAUAUGUUCUCGGACAAGAUACUCAAGUUCCUCCCGAUAUAUUGGCUAUUAAAGUUGAUAUUCCUCGUAUAUUGCUUUAUUCCUAUUGAACACAAUGGAUCCAAGCUGCUCUAUCACUGGAUUAUUCGUCGGUUCAUAUUCCAUCCGCCUGAUUCUGCAGGAAUAUCGUUAUACCCGCUCAGCGCUAGGGCAGACAUUCCCAUCUACCGACCGGCGACCAUAUUGGACUGACAGCAUUGGAGGUUGCUGACUAACCGUAUACGUGAUUACUGGCCACCGAUAUCGUUGUUCUGCACCGGAGACAUUGGACAACAACGAAACUCGGGAACGGUAGUUGGGCGUUGUGGUUCGGCUUUACCGUCGCCAUUUUGUGCAGGAAACGCAA